ACCACCUCUGUUUGCGGUGCAUGCUGGGUAAGUGGCUGUGAGUGCAGUGAUGGUACGGCUGGUCAGAUAAGUUUUUGGGAUCUGCCUGAACUCGCUGCAGGAGAGAGAGCGGUCCACUUUGAGGUAGGACUGAACUCUUCAUUCCUGUUUCAGUCACGGGGAUCACGACCCUGUCCAAGCUCUGAUUAUUGAGCUCACUGUGAUAUUUGAUUGUUUUCUGCAGCUCAGAGUUUCUCACUGUUUGACCCUGUUUAUCCCUGAUUUUACAGAAAAGGUCACUUUAGAUGUACUGAGAGUAAAUAUGUUCGUGUCAGCGGAAAUGAAAAAGAAAAGAUUCUCAGCUUUUGGGAAAAACAGUCUUAAAGGUCAAAUGGCUGUAAUCUGCCUUUCUAAUAAACAUGAUUAGAGAAAUUUGACAGAAAUCGAUCAAAUUUUUGAUUAAUAAUAAUUAAUAAUAAAAAAAGGAGGAGGAGUUCAAGUAUCUCAGGAUCUUGUUCACAAGUGAGGGUAGGAUGGAACAGGAGAUCGACAGGCGGAUCGGAGCGGCGUCAGCAGUGAUGCGGACGCUUAACCGAUCAGUGGUGGUGAAGAAAGAGCUGAGCCGUAAGGAGAGACUCUGGAUUUACCGGUCGAUCUACGUGCCGAUCCUCACCUAUGGUCAUGAACUUUGGGUAAUGACCGAAAGAACAAGAUCGCAGAUACAAGCGGCUGAAAUGGGUUUCCUCCUCAGGGUGUCCGGGCUCAGCCUUAGAGAUAGGGUAAGGAGCUCGGACACUCGGGAGGAGCUCAGAGGAGAACCGCUGCUCCUCCACGUCCAGAGGAGUCAGCUGAGGUGGCUCGGGCAUCUGGUUAGGACGCCUUCCAUAAGAGGUGUUCCAGACAUGUCCCACCGGCAGGAGACCUUGUGGCCGGUCCAGGACCAGGUGGAGGGAUUAUAUCUCUCGCCUGGCCUGGAUGAAGAAAGAAAUGAAGAAAACGACGACGACAUCAGGAAAGAUUUCCUGCUCCAAGACCAGCCUGAGACAUUUUUGCCACAGUGUCAACAGGCAGAAGGGAACCGUGGUGGACUAAUAUUGCUGCUUUCAACUAACUUCGGAAGUCAGAUGUCGGAGCUGAAAAUGACGUCACACCCAAGUCCCCAGCAUUUCAGUUACCAAGUCGGAAAAAAGAAAAAUCAGAGGCCCGAAACAAGAUGGCUACAUGUAUGAAAGUUAUUUUAGUGCUUGCCUUAUGUUCGGACAAGGCUAGUGAUAACAUAACUUUCGUAGAUGUAGCCAUUUUGUUUCUGCAUCUGAUUUUGCUUUUUUACAACUUAGUAACUGAAACGCUGGGAACUCGGGUGUGACGUCAUUUUCAUCUCCGAUAUCUGACUUCCGAAGUAAGUUGAAAGUAGCGUAUGGCUUCUGAUUGGACCUUCACGUGUCAUCUGAUUGCAGAAAUGGCCCCUGAUUGGUUAACUGUCCAAAACAAAGAUAGCAGCCUUCAUGCACAGUCAGCCAACAGAGAGACAGAAACAUAAAUCUCUUUUUUUAUGAUUACCGUCCUUUUUUUUAGAUUUUCUAAAAACUCACACUUACCUUCUCAUCUCGAGGAUGUUCUGAGUUCAGGUUCUUUCCUGUGUUAUUUUUGUUAUUGAGAAUUAAGCAUCAUUGGUCUGAGGUUUUAACCAAUCACAGUCAAGUAUUUCACAGUCAGGGUAAACAAUAACCGAGCAUCACACCGCUCAUGGAGACCAUGUCUUUACCUGUCGAUCAGAUCAUGGCGGCAGCAGACUCCAGUCCUCUGACCACACACGCGCUGAACACCGGAGACGGCGUCCCUGCGGCCCGCCUGGCCCUCAGCCUGCACCGCCUCGACUCCACGCUGAUGAUCUGGAACAUGCUGAGUGUCGGGUAAGAGUCAAACCUGCAGAUCAAACAUGUCCUGCACAAAAUCUGCAAAUAAUGCUUUUAAAGUUUUGACCUUUUUCCUGUUUUUCAAGUUGGAGAUAAAUUAUUCCAAGUUACAGACGUUUAAAUUCAUAUUAUUAUUUUAAUUAAUGAGUCAUAAAGCUGAAGUUAUCAGAGCAGGAGCAGCAGUAAACAUACAGACAGUCUUUCCAGGUGACUCACAGUCGAUGGAUGCCCUCUACAUCGAGGUCAUCGGACUACAGCUCCAUUAAACCUCCAUGUUUCUUCACUUUCAGGACUACAAAUGAAGAUGGCCGCUGUCCGGGACUCAUUGGCCGGGGAGCGUUCAGCCCAGGAAUGUAUAAACUGCGCUUUGAGACGGGUUCAUACUGGGAGAGUCUGGGUCAGACCUCAUUUUACCCCUAUGUGGAGGUGAGCGUCAGGCUGCAGUAUCGACUGUGUGUCAGGUUAGAUCAGGUUACUUUGAUCUGGGCUGAAGUUUCAUGUAUUUGGACAAAUAUCCAACCUUAUCAUUUUCAUCUUUUCAGUUCAGAUAACCUGCUUUGAGUCGCUUACAUUACAUCAUACUCUCAGAGCACAUGAACUAAGUUUCAUUUACAGAAAAUAUCAAAUCAUAUAAAAACUUACAAAAUAAGCUAUUUUUCAAAAUAAAAGACAUGUCAAACAUCAGAUGGGCAUUACAUAUUUACUUUUUUGACCAGCUGUUUGCGACCCAUCCAGAACAUGUCCAUGACCCACUUUUGGGUCGGGACCCACCAGUUGAGAAUCACUGGCAUUAAGUGUUUUAACUGAAAAGUCAACGUUUCUCUCUGAAGAACAGUUGCUGAGUUGCUGAGUUGCUGAGUUGCUGAGCGGUGCUGCAGUGUUUACUCUUGUAGAGUUACAACAGCGACUUAUAAAAUCACUCUUGAAGUUACCAUCUAUGCCCACCAGGUGUCACUAAAACUGUCCAUUUUUAAAACUCGUCUUAAAACCCAUUUUUAUUCAUUGGCUGUCAACCCUCGGCUCCUGUUUUGGUGUUUUAUGGUUUGUUUUUAGUUGUUUGUUUCUAUGUUUUUAAAUUAGUUUUUAAAAACAUUUAAACUAUAUUUUACUUUUUAAUAUCUGCUUUUAUUUUAUCCAUUGUUUUCAUUGUUUUUUUAAUAGUUUUUUAUGAUGAUGCAUGUACAGCACUUUGUUCAGCUGUGGUUGUUUUAAAGUGCUUUACAAAUAAAAGUUGAGUUGAGUAAAAACCAAGAAUCAGACAAUCCUCGUGUCGUGUCCAACCAACGUGUUUUGGUUGGAUAUUUAAAACUCAAGGUCACAGGUGUUAAACAAAAUAUUUCAACACAACCCAAAAAUGUAAAGCUAAGUUCAUCUUAUUGCUGCUGACUUGGCAUGUCUCCGGUGUGUUUGUUUGUUUUCAGGUUGUGUUCACCGUCGCUGACCCUGAUCAGAGAGUCCACCUCCCCCUGCUGAUGAGUCGGUUCUCUUACAGCACGUACAGAGGGAGCUGAGACACAGAGACGAGAGGACGGGUCUGCUCAGUUUGGACUUGUCUGGUUAUUUCCUCUUUGGGGCCAUUUUGUGUCACAUUUUAUACAUCUAUGUUUAUCUGUUGUUUUAUAUACAGAUCUAAUCAUGAUCUCUGGCUUCAUUUUGUCCUUUUAGGAAAUUAUUUUAAGUUGAAUAAAAAAUAAAAACAACACUUAACUUAUUUCUAAUAAUACUGCAAACAGAAGCAUCUUUAAAAUACAACUUAAAAUAUGUCUCUCUCAGUCGGAUCGAUGUUGAUGGUUUAUUUCGGUGGACUUUGUCUCUGAAGAAAAAGUAUUAGCUAAAUAAAUGACAGAAUAAUGUUGGUCACUGUUUAAUGUUUGUUACUGUGACAAUCAGGCUCUGUUGAAUGUGUUUUGUAUUUUAUUUUGUUUUAUUGUUUUUUCUCUACACUUGAUUAAGCAAAAUGCGCAUACUAUGAAAAAUAAAGUAUUUAUAGCCUGAUUUUAAUCGG